GGGCCGAGCAUCCCUGUCCUGGGCGCGCCGGCCUCCUCGGCCCCGCCCCGCCCGGCGCGUCCAAAAAUACCUAUAACUUCAUCUCAGCAGAUAGCUACGAGGAGGUGAUGUGGUACCUGAAAGAGGGGAUCCCCAGAAAAACAACAAAGGAAGGUGUAUGCUGUGCUAACAUAAAUCCUUCUAAAAUCUCACUCGUCCUGCAGCAGAAUCAAGUUGAUCUGUGAUUUUCUCAUUAUGUGUUCAGAGGCCCCAGGCAACUGUGACUGCUUUUAAUUGUGCCUAGAGAUUGAUUACCUUUUCUGCCUCCAUUGCCAUAAAGCCACAUGGAAUACAGACACACUUCUGGAUUUGGAUCAGUGUUUUUCAGUGAAGGCCACUGCUAACUUUAGGCAUUAGUGUGUCAACAAAACAAUUAAAAUCAUUUCUCGCUGUUGGAGCUAGUGUUUACUGUACUUCAAAGCUCUGUUUCCAGAAGUCUUUGUGGUGGGAUUUUGCUACCACUGUUCAGAACUGCAAGUCUCGAGUAACCUUAAAGGAUGAGGAUUUCAAAAAACAGGGCAACUGGAACACAGCAUUACAAAAGAAGAGAAACAAACAUGUAGACUGUCUUGGAGGGCACCAUUAGGGCACUGUACAACUGAGAAACAGUCCUGCUUCAGUCCUUAGCAGCCUUCUGGAGAUACACUUGCCCUUUCCUAAGUAGUGUCUGAGAGAAUUUGAAGAUUACACUCAAUGGAAGUGGCCUUAUUUCAGUUAUGCAGCAAUAUUGCAUCAGGUUAUUUCUUUGAAAAAGACAGGGCAGAUACCUCUCUUGUCUUGCUUGGAUGCACAAAUCUGUGUGCAGUGCUUUUUGCCCGUUGCCUAGACGAUCACUUGGUUUCUCUGAGGAUGUCUGGUUCUCGUAAAGAGUUUGAUGUGAAACAGAUUUUGAAAAUCAGAUGGAGGUGGUUUGGCCAUCAAGCAUCGUCUCCUAAUUCUACGGUUGACAGCCAGCAGGGAGAAUUUUGGAAUCGAGGACAGACUGGAGCAAACGUUGGGAGAAAGUUUUUAGAUCCAUGUAGCCUACAAUUGCCUUUGGCUUCAAUUGGUUACCGAAGGUCCAGCCAACUGGAUUUUCAGAAUUCACCUUCUUGGCCAAUGGCAUCCACCUCUGAAGUCCCCGCACUUGAGUUUACAGCAGAAGCUUGUGGCGGUGCACAUUGGCUGGAUAGACCAGAAGUGGAUGAUGGCACUAGUGAAGAAGAAAAUGAAUCUGAUUCCAGUUCAUGCAGGACUUCCAACAGUAGCCAGACCUUGUCAUCGUGCCAGACUAUGGAGCCAUGCUCGUCAGAUGAAUUUUUUCAAGCCCUGAACCAUGCUGAGCAAACAUUUAAAAAAAUGGAAAACUACUUGAGACAUAAACAGCUAUGUGAUGUCAUUUUAGUUGCUGGUGAUCGCAGAAUUCCAGCUCACAGGCUGGUGCUCUCCUCUGUCUCAGAUUAUUUUGCUGCUAUGUUCACUAAUGAUGUCAGAGAGGCACGACAAGAAGAAAUAAAAAUGGAAGGUGUCGAACCAAACUCAUUGUGGUCAUUGAUUCAGUAUGCAUAUACAGGCCGACUUGAAUUAAAAGAAGAUAAUAUUGAGUGCCUGUUGUCUACAGCCUGCCUUCUCCAGCUUUCUCAGGUUGUAGAAGCAUGCUGCAAGUUUUUAAUGAGACAGCUUCAUCCAUCCAACUGUCUCGGAAUCCGCUCUUUUGCUGAUGCCCAAGGUUGUACAGAUUUACAUAAGGUGGCUCACAAUUACACUAUGGAACAUUUCAUGGAAGUAAUCAGAAACCAGGAAUUUGUAUUACUUCCAGCCAGUGAAAUUGCAAAGCUCUUGGCGAGUGAUGACAUGAACAUCCCUAAUGAGGAGACGAUCCUGAACGCUCUUCUCACCUGGGUGCGUCACGAUUUGGAGCAGAGGCGGAAAGAUCUCAGUAAACUGUUGGCUUACAUUAGGCUACCUCUUCUUGCACCACAGUUCUUGGCAGACAUGGAAAAUAAUACACUUUUCCGGGAUGACAUAGAAUGUCAGAAACUUAUUAUGGAAGCAAUGAAGUAUCAUUUAUUACCAGAGAGACGACCUAUGUUACAGAGUCCUCGGACAAAACCUAGGAAAUCAACUGUUGGUACCUUAUUUGCUGUCGGAGGAAUGGAUUCAACCAAAGGAGCAACCAGCAUUGAAAAGUACGAUCUUCGUACAAAUAUGUGGACGCCUGUAGCCAACAUGAAUGGGAGGAGACUGCAGUUCGGUGUUGCAGUGUUAGAUGAUAAACUGUACGUGGUUGGAGGGAGAGACGGACUGAAGACCUUGAACACCGUGGAGUGCUACAACCCCAAAACAAAAACCUGGAGUGUGAUGCCUCCUAUGUCCACGCAUAGACAUGGCCUUGGCGUGGCUGUAUUAGAAGGCCCCAUGUACGCAGUAGGAGGCCAUGAUGGCUGGAGCUAUCUGAAUACAGUGGAGAGAUGGGACCCUCAGGCUCGCCAGUGGAAUUUUGUUGCCCCUAUGUCCACCCCCAGGAGCACAGUAGGUGUGGCAGUACUGAGUGGAAAACUUUAUGCAGUCGGUGGUCGUGAUGGAAGUUCUUGUCUCAAAUCGGUAGAAUGCUUUGAUCCUCAUACCAAUAAGUGGACUCUGUGUGCACAAAUGUCAAAAAGGAGAGGUGGAGUGGGAGUCACGACCUGGAAUGGAUUGCUGUAUGCGAUUGGAGGACAUGAUGCCCCUGCAUCCAACUUGACUUCCAGACUCUCAGAUUGUGUGGAGAGAUAUGAUCCCAAAACAGACAUGUGGACGGCCGUGGCAUCUAUGAGCAUCAGCAGAGACGCAGUGGGGGUCUGUUUACUUGGAGACAAGUUGUAUGCCGUUGGAGGGUAUGAUGGACAGACUUACCUUAACACAGUGGAGGCGUACGACCCCCAGACAAACGAAUGGACCCAGGUUGCUCCACUGUGCCUAGGAAGAGCUGGAGCUUGCGUUGUGACUGUGAAAUUAUAACUUAGUGCUUCAUUUCCUAAAUGAAGAGAUCUUCUUCCUUUAUUAACAUAGUACAAUUAUUCUACAACCAGUAGAUGCAUUUUUAGCAAAUGUGCAAUGCCACAUUCCUAGGCACAAAGUGCCUCAUCUCAAGAUGAAGAUGCUAAGAGAAAGGAGGAAGGAGUGGAGGGACCAGGAUGAAAUACUUUCAUUUCUUAGUAAAUCAAACCAUAGUGGUGGAUCAUGAACAUAUCUUCUUGAUAGAAAAUAUGAGAAGAAAUAUACUUUUCCAGAACAAUCCAGUCCUGACUGGGAACUUCAUUUAUUCAUAGUCAAGACAUUUUUCUCACAUUCUCCAGAUUUAUGACAGUGCAUGCAUAUCAUACUUCUAAAAUAUUAUUUUAUAAGUUUAUCAUAUAUGAGUUGCAAUAAUUUUUAUUUAACUACAAUCCAUAUUGUAAUGACACACUAAAGAUUAUAUUGUUCAGUUUUUUAGAAACACCUAACAUUAUAUAUGCUUUACUGUUAAAACUGGCCUAGAGAAAGACAGAAUAAGCAAAAAUACUAAGGCAUUAAAACAAAAAUGACCAAAUAAAAACUGGUAUGAAGUGGGCAUGGUGGCACAUGCCUUUAAUCCCAGCACUUAGGAAGCAGAAGUAGGAGAAUCACUAUGAGUUUGAGGCCACCCUGACACUAUGUAGUGAAUUCCAGAUCAUCCUGAGCCAGAGUGAGACCCUGCCUCAAAAAAAAAAAAAAAAAAAAAAUCUGAUUAUGAUAUUUGAGUCCUACUUAAGUAUCCAUUCCAUUACAUCUGAACUCAACCAAGAACUCUAUGUGUGAUAGAUUACAAUUGAAAUUAAAAUAGAAUGUUUUACAUUAAGUAUAAGAUAUGCAAAUUUAUGUAGAAAAAUAAAUAUAAUAUAAUCUAUAAUAUUGUUUCACCUAACUAGUAUUUAAUUAUAUGGAUUUUUUUCUAUUACAAAAGAUUGUCUGUUCUUGUCUUUUGAUACUGACAAAAUUGUUUGGAUAAUCUUAUGUUCUCCUUUCUGGGUUUAUGUUUCCUGCCUUGUUUCUUAAAUUUUUGCCAUAGUUAGUAAUCCACUGUGCUUUGUUAUCAAAAAGUUUGGGGGAAUGGGCUAAGUGAAUAUUUGAAAAAUAAGCUUAAAGUGUUUGUUACCUAAAGUUUUGUACAUUUGUAAACUCUGAUCACAUAUGUGAAUGUUAAUUCUCUCCAUGAAUUGUUUAUUGUAUGCAAAAGGGCACUGGGCAGUAACAUUUUGUUAAAUUUCCUAUAAGGUAUAAAUCAUUAACUUAAUAUAAAAUGAGUAUAAACUAAAUUCCCAUCUUUAAAAAUACAAUGUUAUAACUAAUAUAUGAUUAUUUUCUAUCAGUA